UUCUCUCCCUCUCUCUCCCCCUCCCAUCCACAUACACACUCACACACACACCACUACAGUAUAUCAGCGAGUGACUAGCAGAGAGCCAGAGGGGAGUGCAGAAAUGAAUGUGAAGAUCCUGACGCUGGUGAUUGUGCUCUUGGUGUCUCUGCUGUGUUCUGCCAGUGCUGGUCCCAUGGCCUCCACGGAGCAUGGCAGAGAGCUGGAAGAGGCAGCAAAGAUGAGAAAAAUGGUGCCGCAAAAUCCACCGAGAGGCGGUCAGACCCACAGACCAGCCGGCUGGAAGAGAAGACGCCCACGACCCCGUCUUUCCCACAAGGGCCCCAUGCCAUUCUAGAGCAAGAUGAUGCUUUGAGCGCCCUCCCCCAGGUUCUGAUUUCUAUGCUCUUCCUUUGCCUUGGGGGGCCUUGCAUUGAAGGGCCUAUGCUUGCCCAGCCUGAAGAGUGAUGUCCAUAACACCUGCUGGUUCUUCAAGCAACUCUGUCCACAAAAAACAAGAAGAAAAAAAAAAAAAUCAGGACAAGCCACUCACCCUCAGCUCUAGGAGGAAUAGGGAGCAGGAAAAGGGGGUUGGGGUGGGGGGGUAUUGAACCCGAGCAACCAGACUCUAUUUCUCUGUCUCUCUCUUUCUCUUACUCCCUCACUACUUAUCUAUCUCUGUCUUCUCCCAAGUGUUUUUCUUUUCAAUUUUCCUAUUAUUUGCUUAAUAGAGCCCAAUCACAGCGAUCUCCCUGAGAGUCUCACACACUUUGCAUGACAUGUGGUGGAGAGGGAGCCCGGUCAAAACAGUCUGAGUCUUAAAGCAUCUGUCACUGCUCCAGAAUGUGGUAUUCACUUGAUUCAGAUACAACGUUACAGCAGCCGCUGAUGUCAUUGCUGUGUAGCUACUUAACAGCUUUACUAGUGGGUGAGGGCGCUGAUUAUGUAGAAAGGCAGAGUCCGUUUUAAAAAUUGACAUAAGCAAAGUUUAGUCAAGAUACUUUGGAUGUCUGCUGCAAAAAAGAACAAAAGAUUUAGUGUUUAAACUGGACAAGGAGAAGCGUCACGUCUGAAUGACAUCAUACUCAUCACGUAAUUAUCAUUAUUAAUGGUGCUUUGUACCUCUCAAUGCUUGUAUGUCCACAUGCAAAGUAAGGCUGGACUGAAAAGAGAGCACAUGUUGUCAAAACAAUUUAUUAAAGUGACAGAAUAAUUCCCUCAUUUAGGAGAUUCUUUAAUCCAAAGCUAUUUUGGUGUUUCUGAACUCAUUAACACCUUGGGGAAGGGGGGUUUCCUGACAAGCUCAAGGUUACUGUAACAUGUCCCACCUUGAAUGAGUCCUUUGACCCCAAAUCCCAGUGCUGUCCGCAAUCCCAAGCCUUCUCACCACAUUGCUGCCCUGCGCAGCUGCUCUACACGACUGUUAACUGGCAGUGGCGGUUUGCUCCACCGACAGACCGCCUUGCCUUUUAAUGAAGUGCCAAAUAGUAACGUUCUCCACAAUGCUGCCAGGAACGGAGGAAUAAAAGGUUAGGGUGAAACGAAAAACACAUUACCUCUUGUUUAAAGUCUUGAUACACUGAUACAUUAUGCAUUUAAAAUUUUUGCAAACAGACAUCCCAUGUCAGACAAUGUCGGCAAAGAGGACAAGUUGAAUAGAUGAAAAAAGGAGCCAUUUGAAAGCAUCAGCUCUGUUAAAAUGUCACCACGAUCAGCCUACCACUAGUGCUCCGGCGGUUUUAAUAUUCAGCACAUGGCUGGUUUGACCCUUAUAACAACACAUUUCACUGACAAAAAGCUAUGCCUUUCCAUCAUACUGGAAUAUAUUACUGUUUGUUUAUUUCUGUGUUAUAGUUUUAUUUCUUUUUUUCUCAGGGUGCUGUGAUAGAGGCUUGUACUAGAGCAGUCUAUUUUGUGCAUUUAUUCAAUGAAACACAAGCAUACAGUACAUUUAAAACUUAUAUGAGCAUAUUUUCAUAUACUGUAUCUUUAUUAUCACUUUAUGUAUACACCAAUAUAGACAUGAUUUUUCUAGAUUCAGUCAUUUCUACACAUGAUGUCUCUACAUUAAGUUGGAUACAGUUGCCUUUCUAGAGUGCCCUUCCACAGCACAGGUGGCCGUGGCUUUGAUCAUUAUGCUCAUUAAAUCCUGGAGUUAAUCUUUCUCAGAUGGAUCUCCCCAAGGUUGGCCGGGGCCACUUAGUCUGAGCUCAUUGUUAAAUUGGCUUAGACUGAAACCACACCCUUCCCCCUUUUCAAUCUCCAAAUCCCUGCUGAUUCAGUGUGUAAUUAUCUAACACAUUAGGACUGUGACUGACCACCUUCCAAUCAUUUGUUUAUGCGUUAGGUAUGCUGAACAGCCUCCUGGUUGUUUUCUAUUAAGAUUUCAGAUUAAAAUAUCACUUCAGUCCAUUGUAAUUCAGAAAAGCUAACUCCCUGAGUUCAAAUCAGUUUUGACCAUAAGCAUUUGGUGACUGGUUAACCUAGAUUUCCAACACUUUUUCCCUCUCGCCAUGUCUCAUGCAAAUAUUAUAAUAAAAUGCAGUCUUCUCAGUCCCAGCAUGAGAAGCCUUUAUUAAGAGAGCAUCUAAAAUCACAGUGGUAAUCCACCCAGCCAAGUUCACCUUGAUUAAAAAUGUAUUAAAUCCUAGGGCACUGAGAAGUGUAAUAAUUUCAGUUUUACCAUUAUUUUUUCAUACCCUCGCAGACAGAGAUGUAGAUUUCAUUAAUGCUCCACGGGAGUGAGACAGCUUUACUCAGGAUGUCUCAUGUAUUAUUGGGGAAGAUAGUAGGAAGAUAUGAGCUGGGGAUGAAAGUUCAAAGCCGCAGGAGUUUGGAUGCUGAAAGUAGACUGGGUCAUGACAAGGGGGUUCAAAUCAAUAUUUCCCCAUAUCAGAAGUUAUUGUUACGGAGCCGAGUAACGUCUGUAUCCGCACUAUUCUUCAUGAAUGUAUCCUCACCAUCUGCACCAGCCAUGCUACCCUUUCAGAGACCAGAGCAAACCAAUGUUUAUGUAAAAACUCAUUUUAAUCUUGGUCUGGUUAUCAGUUGAAUCCAAAAAAAUCAAAAGCCAAAUACUCCACAGAUCCAAAGCCUCUGGUGUCAACAACUUACAAGAAAUAGACGUGGCUUUGCUCCAAGACUUCUCUGUAUGGGUUUGAAAGGCUGCACUUUUGAAAUUCCGUUAUGCUGCUGGAAAAAUACACCCUGAAAACAAGAGUCUCUUGGUAUGGAAUGGUUUUCCAGUGUAUUGUGACAAUUUUCUGUCUGAUUCUUGUCUAGCUGGUUGUCCAAAGCUUACUUUUUUAAUACAGUGUGAAAAGCUGUAUCUUUUGUGGAUGUAACAAAAUAGAAAAGUAGUCUGCAGCACAAUAUGUCGUGGACACGUGAAAGCUUUCAGGCAUUCUUUUUUUGUAGAUCAUAGCUCACAGCGCUUCCCUGCACAUCAGGUUAAUGGGCCUGGUGGUGUGGAAGGACAAGCACGUCCAGGCUCAAACUGAAAUGGUAAACCAAUACAUUAUGCUCGGGGAGCAAAACCAUUUUCCUUAAUGGUCUUUUCCAGCAAAGCUUACACAAGAGAAACGAUUCCUAUCCUCUCAAUGUUUCCUCUCCAACUCCUCUUCUCUGUGACCAUCACAAGGCCUGAGUAAUGUUCCUAUGCACUUGUUAGCAUGUUUUCCUGGUAGAAAAAUGUUUGUUCUGAGAACUUGCCCCCUCUGUGUUUAAUUAUUUUUGCAUUUGGCAGGGAGUGUGUAAGAAGUGGGGACGAGCAGAGAGAUAGAUAUGAGCUACUGAUGGAGAUGAGAAUAAGCUAGAAGCAGGUUUUAAAAUAUUAGCUUAGCCAUUGAUUCCCAUAGCUACGGACACAACACCCUCAUUAAAAAAAGAUCACAGAAAAACACAAGGUUUAUGUUUUUUUUUAUUAUUAUUAUUAUUCCUAUUGCCACUCUACGCUCAAUUCUCUACCGGAAGAAAUUGCUUUGAUAUUUACCAAAACAUUUCAUUGAUUGCAGAACUGGAAGCAGAGUUGGCACACAACACAUUCCAUGAUUUUAUCUUGUGAAUCUUUAAGCCCAUCAAACUGUAUCAUGUUGGCCUUUAGAGUGGGUGUCUGUAGGAUCAAGUGGCUGAUAUUCAAUCUGAUGAAUACACACUUUUCCUCUGGCUGGGCAAUCCAAAGGAUAACUAGAUUUUAACUCCCAUGAGACAUGACAAUGAUCUGUCAUUAUCUUGGAGCCUCAAAAUGAGACUUCCUACACCCAGAAUAGCACAGGCCCCUCCCGCCUUGAUAGCGACAUCCUUCAUAUAUGUAACCACCGUGUCCAAGAACAGUCACAUUCAGAACAAUCUUAGGAGAAAUGCAGUCGGUAGGCUUACACGCCAUCACAACAGUGUUACUAGGUCUCAAGCAGAUACCAUUUGAAAGACAAUGUAUUACUCCUGAAACUUAUAUUCUGUUCAUGGUGUGUGCUCAUACUACUCACCAGGCCAAAUGUACAGUCCCUGUCUCUGUUUUGAUGUUGAACUGGGCAAAAAUAAAUGACAUGAAUAAAUAAAUAAAACAAGUGUAUCAGAAAUGGUUGAAAUACUGUGUACAUAUUUGAACUUUUGGUUUCUAAUUUAUAAAAGAUAAGCUUUAGCUCUUGGAGUACUUAUUUUAUUUUUUCCUUUCAUGCGUAGCUUUGUGUUUUUAUUUUCUAUUUCUGUAAAGUGUGUAAAUAUAUCUUUAUGAUAAUAAGUAAUAUUAAAAAUCUUAUUUUAAGAAAA